CCGACACCGGUAGUGACGCGAAAAUGGCGUCCUCUGCUGCUCGGCUCACUACACGCUGGUUAUCGGCAUCAGUUUCUUCUGGACACCGUAGCGGUCUUUUUCUGAAUGUCUCCGCCGGACGUGCAGGAGUUUGUUCGGCGACGACACUGCAGACGCACCGGGGAGGGACAGCGGUCAGCCUGAGCUCCUGGACACACCGAAAUACCGUGACAUUGAGAGGACUGACAGGAGUGGACGAUGGUCAGACAGUGCGCAUGGCAGUAGGGAACAGAGAAAUCCUCAUUACAUUCAGGGUCCAGGGAAGCCCAGUGUUCAGACGCGAUGGAGUAAACAUCCACUCUGAUGUGUUUAUCUCUAUAGCUCAGGCCGUCCUGGGGGGCACAGCCACAGCACAGGGCCUCCAUGAAACCAUCAGUAUAUUGAUUCCUGCUAGCUGCCAGGCUGAUCAGUUGAUCCGGCUGCAGGGGAAAGGCAUUCGGAGGAUGAACAGCUACAGCUAUGGAGAUCACUACGUUCACAUCAAAAUCAGAGUGCCAAAGAAGUUGACUCGAAGACAGCGCUCUCUGCUGCUGUCUUAUGCCGAAGAGGAGACAGACGUUCAGGGGACUGUCAACGGUGUCAAUCGUUCUGCAGAAGGGGGCAGCAGCACUUCAGGUUCUGGUGCGAAGUCGACCAGCUCAGAGGAGGGACAGGACAAGCAGCAGCAGCAGCAGGAAGGAGGAGGCUUCUUCUCUGAAUUAAAGAAAUUGUUCAGCUGACAGGCUGCAGGCGGAAAAUCACAGUAAACAUGCUAAAGGACGACAAUAAAUCCACUGACUGGGCCUCCAUGCUGUCUCCUCUUGCUUUGGGGAUUGAGCAAGGAGGAGGAAGAGAGAGGCAGUGUGGUAUUUGUGUUGACACAGUCACACAUUGUUGAAGCUGCGGUUGGCAAACAAGCCACGUCGAAGCCAGGUCCACCCACACACCCACUGGCCCGUCACCACAGACAGGUGCUGAGCUGAGAAACUCAAGAACUGCUGGAAGAUGAACAAGACAGUGACUACAGAAGACUAUUGUGGUAGAACUCCCCCCCCUACGUACUGCGUUUGGGGCUGCACUGCUCUGAGUCACAACUUGCUCUACAGACUAUUUAAUAAAACCAAGUGAAUAGGAUGCUGCUAUGCAUUUCAUUUUAGUGUGCAGUCACCAUACAACUCAGUUAAAGGAAUAAAACAGUCACAUAGGAUGGUAAUUGGGUAAGUUACAUAGUUGUAAGGGUUUUAAAAAGGAAAAACAGUAGAGACAGUUCUGUUUUUCAAACUUAAUGAAGAGUCACUGGAUGUUAAAACUUCCAAAAUACACAACAUCCGGUUGUGGGAACUUGUAACUGUCUGUCAGACUUAGCUGUACGCCGUAUGAUUUGUUGUACCUGUGUGGUAACAAAACUGUGCAAAUGCACCAUUAAAUAAAAUGCUAAAUCAUU